ACUGCUAUUACUGCUGCUGCUGCUGCUGUUUACACCGCAGCAUCAUGGGAGCUGUAGUUUCCUCGGCAGUGCAGGAGGACAGCUGAUUAGCCGGGGAUUGUGGGUGAUCAGAGUUUGGAGAUGUGAGCUGGUGGACAAACGAGGCUCAUCACACUGUCUUUCUAUUCUCUCGCUCUCUUUUUGACCCUCGCUCUCCCUUUUUCCCUUCCUCUCCUCUGCAGCUUCUUUCAUCAGCAUCUUUAUUUUCUUUUUCUCAAUCUCCAUCUUCAUCCUCUCCUCCUGACUCGUACCUGUCGGAGGAAAAGUCAGAAUGGGUUGUCGUCUCACUCGGACCAAGGCCAAGACUCACGAACCUUCUCAUCACCGACACCGGGAGGAGCUGCACUUUGUGGAUGAGUAUGGCCAGCCAAUCACUAUGCAGGUGGAGGCAAGGAGGGGGCGUGGUCACAGGAGGCGGCGGUCUCAUUGCGCGGUUGAGUGCAACAUCCCGCCAGAAAGACACUGGGAGGCCCUGAGAGCCAUGGGACUGAUGGAGGGAGAUGGAGGCCAGGGAGACGGCUACAGUGCAGGGCCUUACUAUAGUCACAUGACCGUGUCACCUGACCUGUACUCCGUCAGUAGUCGCAUGAUGUUGUCGCCUGAUGUCUAUCCACCCAAUGGCUACCUAACCAGAUCAUCCAAUGACCAGCACCCGGGUAACAACUACCUGCCCAGCGUCUCCUACAGCUUAGAUCACCUGGACAGACUGGACUACCAGGGUCCAGAAAUGUUGCCCUACCAGCCGAACUCAGAGAGCUGUCUGAUUGGCUGCUACAACACAGAGGAGAUGGAGCCAAAGAAUUUCCCCAGACAGUCCGACUAUCAGCCUCCUUGGCGGUCUGAUCGUCUUCUUGGAUACCUUCCCCUCAGUGAGCUCGACAGCGGGCUGGGUUGCGGCCCCGACAGCCCAAAUCACCAGAUGGCGCUCUCCGAGGCCGAGACGGACGCCAUGUCAUCGCUGCCAGGUCACACCCCUUCCUCCCAAGGCUCCUCCUCUUCCUCCGAAUCCCUGAUCUCCUCUGAACCCAGCGACUCCGGCUUCCACAGCGUCAGUACCGGGGAGCACAGACGACUGCAUAAGAUUCACGGAAGCCACGCCCACCGACAAACGCACCAUCUUCGCUCAGGCCACUCCCCUCGAGAGCAGAGAGGACGCUGGGACUUGGAGUCCAUCCCCGAAACGACUCCGAUGACUCACUCUGGAGCACCACAGGCGUCCCGCUGCACUGUGGGUAACAGCACGACGACGACAGUUCAUUUCCACAGAGCGGAGAGGAGCCCCACCUUACCUCGCCACCGCUCGCCGCCUUCCCCUUCCAUGGGUUGUCGUACUGAGCCCUGCCAGCGGAGGGCGCUGUGGUUGGAGCAGCAGCAGCAGGGAGGAGGCGGGAUGAUGGAGCCUCCAGGGCGGAGUCGAACAAUAACAGAUUUGAGUGAAGGACAGCGCCAACGCAGGGCCAGUCACCCCAACAUGUUAGAGGCAAACUCUCCCAGCCCGCCGGGACCAGCUAGCAGCACGCUGGGGCCGAGGAGCAGGGCCAGUUAUCCCAGUAACUGUCACCCCACCAGUCACCUCAGCAUAGACAGAAACAGUCUGACCAAUCACCAGCACGCACUGAGAAACAGCCAGGGCAUGAGCCGGAGCAGAGAGGAGGACUCCCCCCUCUCUAAGAGUCCUGGAUCUGGCUCCAGCGGAGCGUCAGACUGGCGUGGCUUUCAGACUCUCGGGAAUCGCCCCGGCAUGACUAAAGGUUCCUCGGGUCCUUUCUACAGCACACUUGGAGCCCCACAACAUAACCCUCACUCUCCACCCUCUCCCCGCUCCAGACUGUCCAAUCAGAAGUCCGUCAGGAACCAGCUGCUCAGAGCCCGAGCUUACCGAUUGGCCAGGGAACGCAGUGAGGUCACAACAGACGAGGAGGUGCGAGGAGAGGGGGAGAGAGACGGCGGGGACGACGGGGAGGACGGUCGGUGGGCGGGGCGAUACUGGAACCGGACCGAAAGGAGACGCCACCUGGCGUUGUCGCGGCAACACAGAGAGAGGAGAGCGGGAGGGGAGGAGCAGGCCGGGGGACUUCAGGGGUCGAUGUCGUCUCAGACGGUGCUGGAGCUGAGCCACAUGAAGCAGAACCGGCUGAGGAACAGCAAGCUGCUUGAUGAUUGGACAACUGUGGAGGAACUGCUGACUCACGGGACACGGGUGGAGAGCGACAGUCAGCUAUGUCCCAGCCCUCUGUUAUCGGUUACUACUGUCUGAUUGUCUAACACCACUGUUGGUUACUGCUGAUCGAUCCAACACUCAGGCCCAGAUUCAUUAAAAGGUUUGCGUUGCGACAAGUGUAAACAUCUGCACUAAAAUGACCAAAUCAGAAAGUUGUUUAACCUGAAGUUGUGCUUGACAGAGGUCAUGGUCAUGCGUCUACAUUGUCAACUGCAUAUAAAUCACAUUAUUUUGAGCCUUGUAUGUCAAGAACACACGCAAUCCACAAGCUCACUUAACAACACAACCCAGUAACUGUUGUAGUGAAUCUAAGAAGUUUUCAAAGGAAUCACAUAGAGAUGGUUGAAGCCAAUCACAGUCUUGGCGUCGACAACUCUUGUUACUGUUUUAUUACAACAGCAGUUAAAGCUUCAGUAAGCAGAAUGUUUUUGGCAUCAUUGGGCAAAAAUUUCAUAAUAACCUUUCAGCAUAUUG